UAAAGCAAUUGCAACCACAAGGCCGGACAACGUUUGGCGGGGUUCGCAAGCACUCGACCACCUCUACCAGCUUCCUUUCUGGGACACACCACCGAAUCGCCGGACCUACUACUGUUCCAUUGCCCUGCUGGUCUAGUCAGGGAACAUUGUUGGAAACGACAAAACGCUCCAGCACCGCUCCCCUCUUCAGACAAACACCACAAAUCAGGCAUUGCUCAAGCAGUGCAUCCAGUACGCUCGUCGCCAUGGCCUCAGACCGCGAUGUCCUCCCUGACGAUGUCAAACCUACGAACUAUGCCAUCAGCCUUUUCGACUUGCAAUCCGGCGAGCCCUGGACAUACCAGGGCAAGGUCGACAUCGAUCUGGACGUGAAGAAAGCUAGCAAGACCAUCACCUUGAACACCUUUGAGCUCAAGAUCCACUCCGCCGAGGUCGUUACAGAUUCGGGCAAACACUCUUCGUCGAUCCAGGCGUCGAACAUCACGCAUGAUGCGAAGAGCCAGCGUUGCACCUUCUCCUUCGAUCAAGAACUGCCGGCGUUCUCAAAGGCUGUGCUGUCGAUCAAAUAUGAAGGAACAAUGAACAACCAUAUGGCUGGAUUCUAUCGCAGUGCUUACAAGCCCACCGUGGAGGCAUCGAAGGGAGUUGCAAGAGACGGCGAAAACCACUACAUGUUCUCCACACAAUUCGAGAGCUCCGAUGCGAGGCGAGCAGUCCCCUGCUUCGACGAGCCCAACCUCAAAGCGACGUUUGACUUCGAGAUGGAGAUCCCUGAAGAUCUGGUCGCUCUCAGCAACAUGCCCGAGAAGGAGACCAAGAAGAGCAAGGAUGGAUACAAGGUCGUGAGCUUUGACCGGACUCCUGUCAUGUCGACAUACUUGUUGGCAUGGGCAUUUGGCGACUUUGAGUAUAUUGAGGACUUCACCAGGCGGAAGUACAAUGGAAAGAGCCUUCCCGUCCGUGUCUACACAACCAAGGGAUUGAAAGCCCAGGGCCAGCUUGCCUUGGAGAGCGCUCAUCAGGUCGUGGACUACUUCUCAGAGAUCUUCCAAAUUGACUACCCUCUGCCGAAGGUGGAUCUGUUGGCUGUGCAUGAAUUCUCUCACGGCGCCAUGGAGAACUGGGGCUUGAUCACCUACCGCACGACCGCUGUCCUCUUUGACGAGUAUGCGUCAGACCAAAAGUACCGCAAUCGUGUUGUGUACGUCGUUGCUCACGAGCUUGCCCAUCAAUGGUUCGGUAAUCUGGUCACGAUGGACUGGUGGAACGAGCUAUGGCUCAACGAAGGCUUCGCCACAUGGGUUGGCUGGUAUGCAGUCGAUCAUCUUCACCCGGACUGGGACGUUUGGGGCCAGUGGUGCACCGAGGGCAUGCAAAUGGCGUUCCAGCUUGACAGCUUGCGGACGAGUCACCCUAUCGAAGUGCCCGUACGGAACGCUCUCGAAGUCGAUCAAAUCUUCGACCACAUCAGCUACUUGAAGGGCAGUUCAGUGAUUCGCAUGCUUGCGGCCCACCUCGGUGUGAAGACUUUCCUGCAAGGAGUUGCAGACUAUCUCAAGGCGCAUACGUAUGCCAACGCCACCACCAGCGACCUCUGGUCCGCGCUGACCAAAGCGUCUGGCCAAGAUGUGACGACCUUUAUGGACCCAUGGAUCCGGAAAAUCGGCUUCCCAGUUGUGACCGUUGCAGAGGAGCCUGGUCAGAUCACCGUUAAGCAAUCCAGAUUCCUCACUGCGGGUGAAGUAAAGCCUGAGGAGGACGAAACGACCUGGUGGAUUCCUCUUGGCCUGCAGACCGGACCCGAAGCCACUCUUUCCCAGCGCGAGCCUUUGACUACAAAAUCCGAUACUAUUCGCGAUAUCGACACUAGUGUCUACAAGCUGAACAAAGACCAAACUGGGUUCUACAGAACCAACAUGCCACCUCAGAGGCUCGAAGCGUUGAGCAAAGUUCUCAACAAGCUCUCGGUACAAGACAAGAUUGGUCUUGUCGGCGACGCUGCGGCACUUGCGGUUGCAGGUGAAGGUACCACGGCGGCCGUGCUCACUUUCCUUCAAGGCUUCGAGAUCGAGAAGAAUUAUCUGGUCUGGUCGGAAGUGCUCUCCAGUCUUGGCAAGAUUCGGUCCACCUUCUCGUCCGACCCGGAGGUGUCGGAGGCUCUGCGAAAGUACACCUUGAAGCUGGUCACUUUCGCCACGGACAAGAUCGGCUGGCAAUUCCGCCCAACGGAUGACUACUUGACUGGGCAGCUUCGUGCUCUCCUCAUCUCUUCUGCUGGACUCGCCGGUCAUGAGGCUGUCGUUGCUGAGGCGAAGAAGGAAUUUGAGAAGUUUGUGCACGGCGAUGCCAAGGCAAUCCACCCGUCGCUUCGGGGACCGGUCUACAGGAUCUCGGUCAAGAGUGGCGGCGAGGAUGCCUACAAAGCGAUUCAGAAAGAGUACCUUACCACCACCUCGGUUGACGGCAAAGAGAUCACCCUGCAGUCUCUGGGUCAAGUGCAAACCCCUGAGCUUGCUGCCGACUACCUGAAGUUUGCCUUUGAUGGAAAUGUCGCCAUACAAGAUCUGCACAGCGUUGGCGGAUCCCUUGCGAACAACUCAAAAGUGCGCACGGCCGUUUGGGAGUACAUCAAGUCCAACUGGCCGAUGAUUAGAGAGAAGCUGGGCGGUAACAUGGUUGUGUUGGAGAGAUUCCUCCGCGUCAGCUUACUCAAGUUCUCCGACGCUGAAGUGGAGAAGGACAUUGCUCAAUUCUUCGCCGACAAGGACAACACCGGCUACGACAGGGGUCUGGCCGUUGUGAGUGACACUAUCAAGGGCAACGCUCGGUACAAGGAGAGGGAUCUCGAGAACGUACGCGAGUGGCUGCGUGCUCGUGGCUUCGGUCAGAAGGCACAGAGCUAA